AUGAUGAACUGGCGCUUCGAGAACAUCAUAUCCUACUUUUUCGCCAACCCGAAGCGACAACAACGGCGACUUGAAGAGCGAAUGGCGGCGGCUUCAUUGGCUCUAUCAUCCCCAACUACCUCUGGCGAGCUCUCCUCCUCAACCCUACCCACCCCCGAGCUGGCCAACAAAAUUUCCGCAACGCCGAUCUGCCGGCCCUCGUCGUCAGAUCUCCCCGCAAUCGUCAACUUUUUAAUAGACCACUUUGUGCCAAAUGAACCGAUUCUGGCUAGUCUUCAAGUUUCAAACCGGGAGGAGCUCUCUCGGUUACUCGACGAUCUCGUUUCGGAUUCCCUGAGUUGUCCAGGGACGGUGGUGGCCAGAGAUGAGACACGAAACGAGGUCAUCGGCGUCUGCCUGGCCAGUCGACAUCAUCUAUUCGAUCAACAGUUGGAUCGUCUUUGCCGCUACUCCUUCACGGACAAGGGCCUGUCGAUUGCCGUCGAAUUUUUGAAAUAUGUUUUUAAUAGGGUCGACGUGGCUUAUCACCUGGAGGAGGCCGGCGUUUCAAAGCCCGUAUUCGUGGUGCUGGUCGGGGUCAAGCCCGAGUACCAAAAGGGUGGACUCGGAAAGAGGCUUCUCAAUGAGAGUCUCGACUCUGCGCGCAACUCGAGCGAUCGCUGCGAUUCGGCAUUCACCGUGUGCACUUCGGAGGGCGUGCAGCCGCUCUACCACCAACAUUUUCGCCAAGUGAUUUCGCGGCAAAUGUGCUUGGUCACCGAAUUAAUUGAGCACCAACAAAAUGAC